AUGGAUAGAAGUAGAGAGGCUGGAGAGCAGGGGGGAAUUGCUGGUGGAGGAGUGGGGACUCACCAACCAGCCAACCCUACGCUACCUACUUCUUCUACACCAUCUUCUACUACCGUGGAUCUUAUGAAAGCUUUCUCUAUUGAGAAAUUAAUGGGGGAGGACUAUGAGCACUGGAGUUUCCGCAUGAGGCUGAUGUAUACCCAAUACAAGCUAUUGGAUUUGGUGGAGGGAAAGGAGAAGAUGCCGGAGGCCGCGGAGCUGAAAGGAGCGUGGAUGAAACGAUCGUUCGACGCGUACAUGCUCAUGGUGCAAGCGGUGGGCGGACGGCAACUUGACCACAUCAAGGACCUCUUGGGUGAUCCAGAGUAUGGCCCCAAGGCUUGGAGGAAGCUUCUGGAUGUGCCACUCACCGACAUAUGCUACCGGCAUCGUGCUACUCGCGCAGCGGCUGCGCAACAUCAAGAGUCGUGGUCUGCCCUUGCGAUCAACCUCAACUCCCAACAACCCCAAUGGAGCGUGGAUUACAUUCGCGCGCGCAUCCUAGAGGAGGACCUGCGGCGGCGGAGUCUGGAGCGCUCGGAGGAGGGGCCUGGCUAUGGAGUUGGAGGUGGAAAGAGUAGCUUCAAGAAGAAGUGGAAGGGCAAGAAUAAGGAUAACCCUAAGGAGGAUGGCGGCGGGGGUCAAGGGGAGGUGUGCUUCUACUGCAAGAAGCGCGGACAUCGUUGGCGGAAGUGCUACCAACGACCCAAGGAUUGGACCCCGCCUUCAUCAAGCAACCAGCGUGGUGGCACAAGGAGUGGGGGAGUCAUGGGAGCUAGUGGAGAGGAGAAGGAUGAGGAGAAAGGCGGCAAAUCUGAGGAGCGGAAGGCCGGGUUCUUCUUCUUCAUGAACGAAGGCGCAACCGACCACGCUAUGGCUGCCAAGAAAUCGGGCAAGGCGGCAGCGGCGGCAUCUAUGGAGGAGAGCGUCACCGAGGAGUAG